CCUCUCCCUCACUCUCUUGUAAAUCGGGAAUUCGGGAUCAGAAACACAUAGAUUCAUCAAGAUUCUAUAUUCCCUUCCCUCAAAGUCCAAGAACCAGUAUCUACAAGUCCAUCGAUUUCUGUGCUACCAAGAAAUGCGGUCAGUCAUAUUCUUCUAAUCUAUUCUCUGGCUCCUAGAUAUAGACUGCCACUGUUUUGCUUAUUGAACUGUAGGAAAACAGAACCACUGUUUUUUCUGGUUAUAAUUGUUGUGAUUUUGUUCUUCUGUAUUGGGUAGUUGCUGCUUCAAUCAAUCUGACUGUACCUUCAUAAAGUACUAGUCUUUUGUGGUACAAUCCCUCUUAAGUUGAAUUGUAGUCCAACUCCAAAUCAAUCUUGUGUUCUAAGCUUGAGUAUAAAGCUCAAGUGUCUGUAUUUUUCUUUGUUUCAAAAUCACAUUGAUUCACCCAAAAUCCCUGAACUUUGGAUAUAAACCCAUGUUGAUGGACUCAAUUCAGGGUCUUGUUUAGCCAAGUCGGCAGAUUUGGUGCAGUCAGUCAUGGGUUUGUUCCAGUUUAGAGCCUUGUGGCUCUUUAUGAUUUUCCUCCUUGAGUUGAAUACCUGCAUAGCUAGUCAGCAACAUUCAGCCCGGAUUUAUCCUGGGUUCCAGGCAACUCAGAUGGAAUGGAUUGACAAUGCCGGGCGGUUCCUGCUGUCCAACAACUCAGCAUUUGCUCUUGGAUUCUACCAAGGCCUUGAUGUGCUUGAUGUCAAGUCUUUUUUACUGGUGAUCAUUCACUCGGGCACUUCCAAAGUGGUCUGGACUGCUAAUAGGGACUCACUGAUUGCAAAUUCUGAUAAAUUUGCCUUUGACAAAGAUGGCAAUGUCUACUUGGACAGCAGUGAUGGUGUUGUUUGGUCUACAAACACAACAGGAGAAGUAGUUACAUCCAUGGAGUUGCAGGAUUCAGGAAACUUGGUGUUGCUUGGAGAGAAAGGAAGCAUUCUUUGGCAGAGUUUUAGCCAUCCAACUGAUACUCUUUUACCGGGUCAGGAGUUCUUGCAAGGAAUGAAACUCAAGAGCUUUCCGAACAAAAAUAACUUGUCUAAUUAUCUUGAGAUUCAGUCAGGCGAGUUGGUUCUGUAUGCUGGAUAUCAAACCCCACAGACCUAUUGGUCAAUAGCAGAUGAGAGCAGGAAAAGCAAUAACAAUGUCAGUGGCAAGGUUCACUCUGUGUCCCUGGUAUCCAACUCAUUGAACUUCUAUGAUCAAAGUAAGUCCUUACUUUGGCAAUUUGUUUUCUCUGACAAUAAUGAUCCAAAUGCCUUUUGGGCUGCUGUUUUGGGCCAGGAUGGCUCUAUCACCUUCCUUAAUUUUCAGAAAGGAAGUUCUGUUGUUGCUGAAGCAACUAAGAUCCCACAAGAGUCUUGCAGCCUUCCUGAGCAUUGUGAACCUUACAAUGUGUGCUUUUUGGAUGGUUGGUGCAAAUGCCCUUCACCUCUCAUCACUCGCUUUGAUUGCAAACCACCAGCAUUCCCAACUUGUAAUACCUCCAAAAGUUCAGUGAACCUUCUUUAUGUAGAUCAAAAGCUUGAUUAUUUUGCAGUUGGUUUCUCUAAACCUUCUUUAAAAUCCAAUUUGAGUUCCUGCAGAAAAGCUUGCCUUGAUGACUGUUCUUGCCUUAUUCUAUUCUUCGAAAACAGUACUGGAAAUUGUUUUAUGUUUGACCAAGUAGGGAGUCUGCAACGUUCAGCUACCAAUAGUAUUGGUUAUGAAGUAUAUGUGAAGGUCUUUAAUGAAUAUGUAGGGCUAAGCCCUGCAAAGAAGGCAAACCAAAAUCGAAGAAUGCACAUCCUUGUUAUAGUGGUCAUUUUGAUUGUAACAAUAUUGGUGUUGGUUGGUCUAGUUUCUUUUGGAUUCUUGUACUACCGCAAGAAGAAGAGAUUACUGGACUACUCUGAAGAAAUCAAGGAAGAGGAUGAUUUCUUGGAAAGUGUUUCAGGAAUGCCCAUUCGUUUCAGUUAUAGCGAUCUUAGCACAGCAACAAAAAAUUUCUCCAUAAAAAUUGGCAUAGGAGGGUUUGGUUCUGUUUACCUAGGUGAGCUUCCAGAUGGCAUCCAGCUUGCUGUAAAAAAAUUAGAGGGACAAUUUCAGGGGAAAAAAGAGUUUAGAGCUGAAGUUACUAUCAUUGGAAAAAUUCGACAUGCACAUUUGGUCAAGCUGAGAGGCUUUUGUGCAGAAGGGAUUCACAGGCUUCUUGUUUAUGAGUACAUGGCAAAAGGGUCUUUAGAUAAAUGGAUAUUCAAUAAAAAGAAGGAUGACCAUUUUUUGGAUUGGAACACAAGAUUCAGUAUUGCAUUGGGGACUGCAAAAGGGUUGGCUUAUCUCCAUGAAGAAUGUGAAGAGAAGAUUGUCCACUGUGAUAUAAAACCUGAAAAUGUUCUUCUUGAUGAAAAUUUCAAUGCCAAAGUUUCAGAUUUCGGUUUGGCUAAGCUGAUGAACAGGGACCAAAGCCUUGCACACACAACGCUGAGGGGAACGAGAGGGUACCUCGCACCAGAAUGGAUCACCAAUGCUGCCAUAUCAGAGAAAAGUGACGUUUAUAGUUACGGCAUGGUUUUGCUUGAAAUCAUUGGUGGAAAAAGGAAUUUUGCUCCAGGGGAGAGUUCAGGAAAAUCUCACUUCCCUUAUUAUGCCUUCAAACUUCUGGAAGAAGGAAACUUGAAAGAAUUCAUUGAUCCUAAGUUAGAUGUGGAUGAAAAAGAUGAGAAAGUAGUGGCUGCAAUCGAAGUUGCAUUGUGGUGUAUUCAGGAUGAGAUGCAAAUGAGGCCUCCGAUGACUAGAGUGGUGCAAAUGCUUGAAGGUUUUUGUGAUUUACCACCACCGCCAACAUCCUCCCCGCCAUCAGGUCCACAUUUGAGUUUCUUACGAUGGAACAGCAAAGAAGCUACUUCACCAGCAGGACUCACCGGUUACUAUAGUGAUAUGCCCAUGUCUGGUGUUCGGCUUUCGGGGCCAAGAUGACAGAAGCUUAUAUUAUCAAUGAAGAUGUCUGCAUGGGGUUUUAGGAUUUCAAGCAGGGUGUAAUGUCAGCUUAUGUAUCAUUAUCAGUUAAAAGUUUUGAUGCCUCAUUAAUUGCAUUUGCAUAUUCCAUUUUCAAUAUGAUUCAGUUUCCACUUCCCAGUCUGUGAGCUGCAUUUCUUUGCAUCUGUAGUUCAAAUCAGGAUCCAAAUUCAGCUGAG